AAGACAACUGCGAGCCCCAGUUGAGAAACAUGGCAGCGGUGGUGCAGGAGGUGUUGACGAGUACGCACGUGGAGAAAACGAAUAAGAAAAAGCCUCCAAAACGCUAUUGGGAGGAAACAGAAAACACAGACCAAAAGAGAACAGAAGAAGAACAAGGUGCAGCUGGCCAGGACCAGAAUAAAUCAAGAGAGAAAAAAAAUAAUGGAGGAGGAAAAAAGAGGAAUGAUGAAAGUUUGGAGAAACAGGACCCUUUCCCUGGUGAAGCUCCUAUACCACAUAAGCGACUCCAGAAGUUUCGGAGAGGAGAGAAGUACGAAGUGCCUAAAGAAGCCCGUCCAGACCUGAAAGAAGCCAUUACAUUCUCUGAAGCCAUGUCUGAACUUGCUCAGAAACAGGCUGCACGAUAUGAUCUUCUGCUUCCAGAGGAUGCUGGCUUCCUGGAAGGAGAUGAGGAUGAAGACACAAAUACAAUCUCUCAAGAUGACAUAGCAGCUGCAGUUGACAUCACUUCUGGAUCAAAGUACUUCAACUUGCAUCUUUCCCAGUUUGGGCCUUACAGGCUUGACUACAGCAGAACUGGACGGCAUCUGUUAGUGGGUGGAAAGAAAGGUCAUGUCGCCUGCAUCGACUGGCAAUCCAAAGACCUCAUGUGUGAGAUGAAUGUCAUGGAAACGGUGAAUGAUGUCAAGUGGCUUCAUACAGAGGCCAUGUUUGCUGUGGCACAGAAGAAAUGGCUCUACAUCUAUGACUCUAAAGGUUUAGAGCUCCACUGUUUGAAGAAAUUCAAUGACGUCUUAAGAAUGCAGUUUCUGCCCUACCAUUUCCUACUUGCCACAGCGAGUGCCACAGGGUUUCUGCAGUAUCUGGAUGUAUCGGUUGGUAGAGAGGUCAAAGCCAUCUGCACAAAAAUGGGACGGCUAGAUGUGAUGUGUCAGAAUCCCUAUAAUGCAGUAAUUCACCUGGGCCACCCAAACGGCACUGUCAGUCUAUGGUCACCCAACCAGAAAGAGCCACUGGUAAAAAUGUUGUGUCAUCGGGGUGCUGUUCGUUCCUUAACAGUGGAUAAAACUGGCACGUACAUGGUGACGUCAGGUUUGGACAGGAAGCUAAAGGUGUAUGAUAUCAGAGCUUUUAAACCUCUUCACUCCUGUUUCCUCCCUGCUGGAGCCUCUUGCUUAUCUCUAAGCCAGAGAGGACUACUUAGUGCUGCUACUGGAGAUAUUGUACAGGUUUAUCAGAACAUUUUGGGAAGCAGUCCUGUAUUCAAACCCUAUAUGGCUCACCGCCUUCGAGGGCAAAUUUGGGGUCUUGCUUACUGCCCCUUUGAAGAUGUUCUAGGAAUUGGACAUGGAGAGGGCUUCACCAGCAUGAUUGUACCAGGUGCCGGAGAACCAAAUUUUGAUGCUCUUGAUGCAAACCCAUACCGCAGCAGUAAACAGAAACAGGAGUGGGAGGUCAAGGCUCUGCUGGAGAAGGUGCAGCCUGAGCUGAUAGGUUUGGACCCAGGACAGCUGAGUAAAGUGGACCAGGCCACAUUUGAGCAGAGGCACAAGAGAAGAGUUGAGGAAUUGGGCUUUGAUCCAUUAGCAAAAGAAAAAUUUAAACCAAAAAACAAGCAAAAAGGAAGAAGCUCAGCUGGUGCCGUAGAGAAAAGAAAGAGGAAAGUCGCCAAUGAGGAUCAGAGGGAUGAAAUUCAGCAGUCCAUACAAGAACGAACAGAGAGAGAGAAAGAGCUUAAAGUGAAGUCCAAAGAGAAGAAAACGUUGGAAAAUAAAUCAACACUUGAUCGAUUCAGAAAGUGAAUCGGUCAAGUGAAUCGGAAAGUGACUGCUGUGAACCAAUCCUAGAUGAGAAAAUUAAAAGAGAAAAGAUUAUUCAUACAUGCUAAUCUGAUGCGAAUGUAAAAAUGGUGUUGUACAAGUCAAUUUUUACAACAACAAACCAUGUAAAUGUCAUUUUCUUUUUCCCUUGAAAGCUCUUUUCUUGUUUAAUAAAAUAUUU